AUGAGUUACGGAAGACCACCGCCGCGAAUUGACGGCAUGGUUUCAUUAAAAGUGGACAAUUUAACAUAUCGCACUACGCCAGAAGAUUUGCGUCGGGUUUUUGAAAGGUGUGGUGAUGUUGGCGAUAUAUAUAUUCCUCGAGACAGAUAUACACGAGAGAGCAGAGGAUUUGCAUUUGUCAGAUUUUACGAUAGACGAGAUGCUGAAGAGGCUUUAGACUCUCUGGACGGACAAGUCGAUAUGAUCGUCGCCGCAGCCACUCGCGUUCACGGUCUCGUUCACGUCGUCGAUCCAGGUCCCGCUCUAGAAAGCGAUCAUACACCCGUAGCCGCUCACGCUCUCGUUCGCGCUCACGAUCACGCUCGGACUCGAAGAGCUCACGCGGCCGCACUCGUAGUCGCAGCCGCAGCCGUUCCCGUUCCAGACAUUGAAGUCUUGGGGUUGAGAGUACCACUG